GUCAAAACAGGUCGAUACAAUGACGCACGCGCAAAACCUGUUCCACCGUAACUGACCGCCAACCGUGAACAUAAUUUGCGAUUGUUCCAAUUAAGAAACGUUAUUUAAUUUAUAAAUUAAAGUAGUAUACAGUUUAUUCUUGUUUGUUUGUUUCUAAACAUCGGAAAUGUUUUAUUCUAAUAGUGAAUGAUGAUAAUAUUAACGCUCAAGAUGUCGUCUAUAAUAAAAUACACGCCAUUGCUCUGUCUCAUUUAUCUGAAUUUUGUUUUUGCUGUUGAUACCUCAGAAAAUGAAAUUGAUGAUGGUCAUAUUUAUCAAAAACAUGCCAAGUCUCCAGCAAGUGCAAUUCAGGAUGAAGUCGACAUUCUUCAGCUGCUCAAUAUCUCAUCAAAGGAUCAAGGCGUUUCUUCAGUAGAAGGUCCGAUCAGAAAUUUUCCGGCAUAUAAAUUUAGGCUACCAUACGGAAACGUUCUUCUAUCCAAUGCCACUAACGUCACUCUAUCCAUGAACAACCCCAAAGGGUUUACAGCAAUUUUUCUAAUAAGACAGCAAAAAAAUAAUUUAGGAACACUCAUGUCGGUGAAUUCGCCUGGAAGACUAAGUCCUUGGUUUCAAGUAAUCUCAAACUCGAGAGUAGGUGUGCUAACAGUGAAAUACAGACUGAAGGGAAUGAGUAAGAUCAAGCAAAUUGAUUGGGGAUUGCCUAAGCAUCAUCGGAAAUCUCCUAUGGCAGCCUGGACUUGGCUUUCAAUCUCCUUUGAUCCCAAGGACGGCAUUAUCCGAUUAGAUUUGGACUGCGAUCCCAGCAGAUUUGAAACAAUAAAGCAGAAAAAGCAUUUGGGUAACUUCAGUGUUCCUUUUGACUCACUUGUUUAUUUUGGACAAGAACCAGGACGAAAGAAAAAGUUUUUGGGAUCUAUCCAGGUUGCAAAAGUCCUGCCGUACAUUUUGGAACAGAGGCUAUGGUCCUGCGUGCAGAUAGCCACAAAUCUUUCUCCAGAGUUUAGAAAACCAGUAUCCUAAAUAAUUGGCCAUUGUCAACAAUAUUAAAUUCACAAUCCUAAUUCAUGGUGUUUUCUACCUUUUUAUUUUUGUUUACACAUCCACUAUUGGAUACGUCAGAUGACAUGCACAAAUCCACCCUUACCCUCGAUUUAUAAUAGAUAUAAGCUGAUUUUUUCGAACUUUUUAAUGAUGAUUCCAUAUAUUUAUUCUCAAAUCAACGUGUAUCAUUCUUACAAAGACUGAAUUGGGUCUUUUUACUAAUUAAAUAUAAGUCUUGCUCAAAAAAAAUAUAUCUAAGACUUUUUUAUUUUAAAAGGUACACUUAGCCCAUACCUUUAAGAAUCGUUUCCGGGAUACCCUGUAUCUCUCGUGAUUUAUGUAUUAUACUAUCAUAAUAAUUAAUCUAUGUGUAAUGUCAAAAAAUUUACCCUGAGUUGUUUUGUCCAUGAAUUAGGAUGUUGAUUAAUGUGAUAUUUAGCCAACGAAGAUGGUGGCAUGGCAGAGCGUAAAAAUAAUAACAUUUUUUAUAAUUUUGCUGCAAUAAAUAACGUCGUAUAUUUAAAUAUUACCUUAAAAUAUUUAAAACUCUUUUAUAAAAAUAAAACUGUAAUACCAAAAGUUGCAAGAGUUUACUUUCAAAUAAUUUGUGAUUUGUAAGGAUUAAGAAAUAAAUCUCUAAACCAUU